AUGAGUCCUACAUCAUCAACCAAAAAAGGCGACCUGCCCAAGAAUAUUGUCAUCCGUAGCCGGCGGUCAGAUCCAACAACAGCAUCGAGAUCGCAGAGCACAACUGGAGAAGAGGAUAGUCGCCUUUCUUUCCAUCAGCAGGACCUUACGGGUCCAGUUUUGGAUAGUGCUCGAACAAAGAAGUUAAUGCACUACAUGGGCGUCAAUAACCUGAACUUCGACAUAGCUCGACAUUUCGCUCCAACGGAUAAUGAACACACAUAUACUGGAACCAUGACAGACGGAGUAUUUCGAGCCGCAUCAUCUGGUUCCGAAGGAACAGUAGAAGAACGAAUUUUGCCAAGGCUAACAAGGACCAUCAGAUCGGAAAAAGAAAGCAAACUGAGGCGUUCAUUACGGCGCCAGGGUAGAAAUCUGCAGGACGUUAUUCGGCAAGUGGACGAAUCGAGGGACCGGCUAUCGUCUUUGACCGCAGAUUGCCAUGCAACACUUGACUGCGCCGAUCAGAUGAUGCAAAGAGCAAAUGAUUGGUUUCAAAUGAUGUUGGAUGAUUUGGAAAAGCGAAUCAAAGACGAAAAACAUCUGGUCUCAAUACAUCGGGACUUUCUGGAUAAACAACUGAGCCCGAUUCUUAAAAAGCUACACUAUCUCACAAUGCUGUAUGAAACGCUCAACUACUUGGAUAAAAGGACAUCAGUCAAUGACCGUACAAUGCGGACUUCCAGGCGGAAUAAAGAGUUGGCUCGUGAGUGUAUUACCAAGGUAAGUUGUACCCUUUCAUGUUCUUCCACCCAACUGUCUACGAACGAGUCAGUUCCGAUGUUUCUAUACUGCUUACGAUGUACUGGGAAGCCAUGUUCCGUUCCAUAG